AUGCCUACACCGACGACCCAUGCUCCUGUCAGUAGUAAGUUUAGAUUUUCAUAAUUUAGGACUGGGAAAGUAAAAAUAAAAUUUUUUUUGAAAGGCACAGGGGAAACAUUCAACUUUUUUUUUAAAUUAAGAGCAAGGGGAGACAAGGAGGAGGGGGGGAGGGGGGGGGGUAAAAUUUUUUUUUCUUGAAGUGGAUAUUCAUUUUUAAAAGGGAGGGCCAAUAUCAAAUAGAGCAGAAAAUAUCAUAACUUUUCGAGCAAGGAGAGGGCAGAGAAGAUCAUAUCCCUGUUCAUAGCCCUGGUCACAGCCCUGACCAUAACCUUGAUGAUGGCCCUGGCCAUAGCCCUGAUCAUAGGCCUGACCAUAGCUCUGUCCCUGACCAUAGCCUUGAUCAUAACCUUGAUCCCAGUCCUAAACAUAGCCCUGACCAUCGCCUUGAUUACAGACUCAGUAAUUUAAAAUUUUUUCAUUUUUCAGCGACUGCGGGAUGUAAAAGAGAAGACCUGGACGUGAUGGCUUUUAUCAUAUUCGUCCUUCUAAUCGUCUAUUCCGCUGUCAUUGUGCUGGCCGUUCUAAUCUACGCCGUCAUGUUCCGUCAUCACUUCAUUUGGCUAUGUCGCGACACCGCUGUCAAGUCCAAAAAGGGCAAGAAGUCGGACACCACCGCCGCCGACUCCCAAAUGUCUGUCACCAAAACCGCCGCCUAA